AUGACGUCGUCGACGGAAUUUGUGAAGUCGUUAGGCAAAGGUUCGUUUGGUUCCGUCAAUCUCAUCAAGUUCACUAAACCCGACGGCUCGAAGCCAUACUACCACGCUGUGAAAAGCUCAAACGCACAAGACUACGACUCUCUCUACAACGAGUUUCAGAUUCUAUCUAAACUUAGAGAUUGUCCGAGAAUUGUGCAAACGUUUGGUACAUCUCUCCAGAGAGGUGUGAAUGAUAACGGAACAAGAGUUUAUAACAUGUCGAUGGAGUACGCAGCUGGCGGAAGUUUAACUUCGUUCAUGGAAACAAGGUCGUUGACCGACACGAUGAUCAAAGACUUCACUCGUAUGAUUCUUGAAGGACUGGUCUCUGUUCAUGAUCACGGAUACGUCCACUGCGACCUCAAACCGGACAAUCUUCUUGUGUUUCCACGUGAUGAUGUUGGCGUAACGAAAGAAGUUUCGUAUGAGUUGAAGCUUUCAGACUUUGGAAUGUCGACAGAAGCUGGAGAGGAGUCGGUGUUUUGGGACUUUGAUUCUCCCUACUUGGGAACGCCUCUUUACAUGUCUCCCGAGUCUGUUAACUACGGCGUUGCCGACACAUCGUUAGACUUGUGGUCGCUAGGUUGCGUUGUGUUGGAGAUGUACACACGACAGCCUCCGUGGCCGUUCCAGGACUCGGAAGAGCUUUUGUGUCAUUUAUUGGAUGAGAAGGCGCCAGAGAUUCCAGAGUCUCUUCCUUGGGAGGCAAGGCAGUUUCUGCAAACGUGCUUUGCAAGAAAUCCUGUGGAGAGGGGAAGUGCUUCGGAUCUGUUGAAGCAUCCGUUUCUUCUCCGGGGAGUUUCUGAUGAGAAGAGAGUGAUGGUUACAGCCGCCGGAAGUAGGAUAAAGUCGGUGGCUGUACUGAAGUCUAGGGUUAUAAUGAAGAAGCCAAUAAGAGUGAAAAUUCUUCCACCAAAGACGCCACAGUUUAAGAAAGUUUUGAAUAGGCCCUUGAGGCUCAAGACUAUACCUCCAAAACCGCCAGGAUUCAAUCUCGUGUUUGUUCAGUCGUUUUGUCUCAGUGUAUCAGUGUGUUCUGUCGCUUUGUUACUUGGUGGUAGAUGGUGUAGAGCAAAUUAA